AUGCCCCGGGAGAUCAUCACCCUGCAGCUGGGCCAGUGCGGCAACCAGAUUGGGUUCGAGUUCUGGAAACAACUGUGCGCUGAGCAUGGUAUCAGCCCCGAGGGCAUCGUGGAGGAGUUCGCCACCGAGGGCACUGACCGCAAGGACGUCUUUUUCUACCAGGCAGACGAUGAGCACUACAUCCCCAGGGCCGUGCUGCUGGACCUGGAGCCCCGGGUGAUCCACUCCAUCCUCAACUCCCCCUAUGCCAAGCUCUACAACCCAGAGAACAUCUACCUGUCAGAGCAUGGAGGAGGGGCUGGCAACAACUGGGCCAGUGGAUUCUCGCAGGGUGAGAAAAUCCAUGAGGACAUUUUUGAUAUCAUAGACCGAGAAGCAGAUGGAAGUGACAGCUUAGAGGUGAGGUUCAAUAUUAAGGUAAAUAAGGGCUUUGUGCUGUGUCAUUCCAUUGCUGGGGGGACCGGUUCUGGCCUGGGUUCCUACCUUCUGGAACGACUGAAUGACAGGUAUCCCAAGAAGCUGGUGCAGACAUACUCAGUGUUUCCCAACCAGGACGAGAUGAGCGAUGUGGUGGUCCAGCCCUACAACUCCCUGCUCACGCUCAAGAGGCUCACCCAGAACGCAGACUGUGUGGUGGUACUGGACAACACAGCCCUGAACCGGAUCGCCACAGACCGCCUGCACAUCCAGAACCCAUCCUUCUCCCAGAUCAACCAGCUGGUGUCCACCAUCAUGUCAGCCAGCACCACCACCCUGCGCUACCCUGGCUACAUGAACAACGACCUCAUCGGCCUCAUCGCCUCGCUCAUCCCCACUCCUCGACUCCACUUCCUCAUGACCGGCUACACCCCGCUCACCACGGACCAGUCGGUGGCCAGCGUGAGGAAGACCACGGUCCUGGAUGUCAUGAGGCGGCUGCUGCAGCCCAAGAACGUGAUGGUGUCCACGGGCCGGGAUCGCCAGACCAACCAUUGCUACAUCGCCAUCCUCAACAUCAUCCAGGGGGAGGUGGACCCCACCCAGGUCCACAAGAGUCUGCAGAGGAUCCGGGAGCGGAAGUUGGCCAACUUCAUCCCCUGGGGCCCUGCCAGCAUCCAGGUGGCCCUAUCAAGGAAGUCUCCCUACCUGCCUUCGGCCCACCGGGUCAGUGGGCUCAUGAUGGCCAACCACACCAGCAUCUCCUCGCUCUUUGAAAGUUCCUGCCAGCAGUAUGACAAGCUGCGGAAGCGGGAGGCCUUCCUGGAGCAGUUCCGCAAGGAGGACAUCUUCAAGGAGAACUUUGAUGAGCUGGACACGUCCAGGGAGGUUGUGCAGGAACUCAUCGAUGAGUACCAUGCAGCCACACGGCCAGACUACAUCUCCUGGGGCGCCCAGGAGCAGUGA